AUAAGCUAAUACUUUCACGGUGUAAAGUACGGUAGGAGCAGGAUGAGAGGGAAGUCGGUGGCCAAGAGCUAAUGGAAUGAGAGAGACGAGAAAGGAAACCGUGUUAGCGCCAGACCACAAGACGAGGGAGCUGCCGAGCGCUGUACCUGGCCGCCGGCUAGAGAGAAACGUCGUCUGUGAACGAUAGGUGACACAUCUUCUGUCCUACAGGACAAACAUCUGCUGUCCUACAGGACAAACAUUUGCUGCUUGUGUAAUCGUCCUCUCCCACUCCUUUUCCUCCUCUCCACUUCCGUCGUUGAAUAAACUACGCACACCUCCCCUCACCUCUCUUCCCUCUCUGACAAUCAACCACGUACUGUUGCAUAUACCUGACUCAUCUCUCUCUGUAUCAAAUCAUCUACCACUGUCUCAACAGACAAUAAACACAGAAAACGAAAGCACUUCUCCAAAGGUUUUUACAACUAUUCCCUCUCGAAUUCAAGUACAAACUCUUCUCGAAAUUUCCGUCUUUCCUCUCCCGAUCGUCGGUGGACUGCUGGGUUGCAGAGAUGAGCUCACGCUAUUCUAGUCAGAGUAGCUACAGUCCGACGCGACAUGGCUCGACCCUCGGUCGCAGUCGGACCAGCAGCAGCACGCUCAAGAUGGGAAAUCUCUCCAUGGACGAAGACACCGCGCUCUCUGACAUGCACAAGAAGGCUGACAAACUGUACGAAGACAAGAAGAAGAAAGAGGCCGAGGCUAUGAAGUAUUGGGACGAACAGAAAAAACUAGAACAGCAAAAGUACUCAGACGAAGAGGAAGAUGGGUCGCCCUCCAAGUCCUACGGCCACACUGAUUCAGACUCGGGCUAUAAAUCGACGAAGGGCAGUAAGGAGGUAGUCGACAGUAGUGACUCUGGCAUCAGUAACGGUCUGGAAGCUUCUAAAGUCUGGCAGGAGAGGUUCAGUGACAUGGAGGACAAGUACAAGGAGGCAAUGGUGUCCAGUGCACAGCUCUACAACGAGAAGACAACUCUCAUCUUUCAGGUCGAGAGUCUCAAAGAUAGAUUAGAGGACGUGGAUCACAAGAUGGUGGAACUAAGAGCCGACCUUGCGAGAGAGCAGUCUAGGGGCAACCAGUUGGGGCACAGGGAAGAGGCCCUGGUGGGCGAGAAGGAUAUGUUGCUGAAACAGAUUGAGUUUCGAGACCAGUUUAUUGAGAAACAUGGACUGGUGUUGCCGACUGGGGAGGACGACGAGGAACAAACAGCGAUCGGGACACAAGGUGGUGCCCUGUACACCCGUCUCUGUCUGCAGCUCACUAACUGUGUCCCUCUUUCCUCUCCAGAAAUGAUCAGCUCUGAAGAAAGAGAGAGACUUCUCAAAGAGGUGACUAGAUUAAAAGGACAAGUGGAACGCUACAAGAACCAGAUCAAGGAAUUGAUCCGCGGCCUUCAGACAGACAAUGAAGACUCCAAGACUGAAACUGACCUCCUCAAGAGAAGAAUAGAACAACUGAAACGAAGACGAGAGUUCACACUAGACACAUGA